AUGUUUGAUAAUAUAGACAGUGGACAUCCUGAACUGUUGGGAUAUCAGAUGUUUGGUAAUAUAGACAGUGGACAUCCUGAACGUCAUUCUGCUCUAAUUACUCAUGAACUAUCACGACUCAACAUCGACAUUCCUAUUCUCAGUGGUUUUCCAAUAUUGCAAUUCUUCAUUUCCAAAAGGACAGUAUCCUUAAUAAACAUGGCGCUGGUUACAUACUCUACUGGUCAGGAAAACCCAAAAUCGAAAGUCACAUUUCAGCAAAUCGUUUUAUGGUUAAAAACUUUACCGCCUCCAAACUUGAGGCUCUGCCGACAGAUCAUUCCGGCCAUAUUAUUUUCCCUCAGUACAUAUGCUCCAACUCUGCAAGCUGACCCUAUGGAAAACGAUAGAUUCUAUACCGACCUUAUCAAAAAGAUAGGCAUAGCAUUGAAACUGCAACGACACGGACGGCUUCUGCUAGAAUUUUGUGCACAGCAGCAACUCACCACCACAAAUACUAUUAUCUUUCAGCCGAGAAAGUUCGAAGACAACCUCGAUGCGUCCUCGAUUCAAGCACUGGCAUCUCAUUGA